AUGUCGGACGAUUUCUAUAAUUCGUGGGUGGAGCCCAGCGAAUAUCCACGGAUACCCAAUGUGUACGAACCGAUUCAGGAUUCUCAGGUUGCCGGCCUGUACGAUACUCAAGAAAAGAAAGAGCCCACACAGGUCAAUACCGACUCUCGAGAUAGCCGUCAAUCGUACUGGUCAGGCUACAACGUCCAUUCGAGCGGCGAGCAAGCACACAAGGGUCUUGCCGACGACCCAACAAAUUAUUCUGUCGUUGUGCAACUGGGCAGCAGUUACAGGAGCGAUAAGCAAAACCUAAAUGCAAACCUCAAGGAAACGUCGGGAGAGUGUCAGUCUCCUCGUUAUCACGCAGAUUCUGUCGAGAGGAGACGGGCGAGGCGGGAGGCGAGCUUCGAGAAGUGGAAGGAUGCUGGUGACAAGCUGUUUUGUCAAUCAGGGAGAUUCCGGCCGUGA